AUGGGUGGACAUAAAAGAAAGUCGUCCGAUCGCGAUCGUGAUCGAGAUUAUGAACAUCUGAAAAAACGAAUGCGAGAGAUGGAAAAGAAAUUAGACAGGCAAACGCGUGCACAACGCUCAAGCCCUGACAAGGAGAAUAAAGAUGGCGAGCAGUCCUCGGCGGGGAAUAAAAAUUCUACUGAUCGAGAAAAAACAAACAAUGUCACUGAGGUUCUCCCUUUAAAUCUCACAAAAAAUAAAGAACCUGGAAACAACGCUGUGCAGCCUCAAACGGAGAAGCAGAUUCCGGUUAUAGAUAUUGGCACGGAAAAGGAGGUAACCCAGGAACAAAAAGACACGCAGCCAGUGAAUGCUAGCGAAAAAUCUAGUGAUUUAGAUCCAGAGAUCUUAAAAAUCAUUGGUGAAACACCUUCAACAGAACCGGAGGUCCCAAUUACCUUCAAAGAAACCAGGGACGAGUCAUUUAAAUGCCAAGAGCCCGUCUGUGCCAAAACACUCAGCUCAGACGGGCACAAGAAUGAAAUUCGUCAAGCCACAGUACAACUCGAAGUUCCAGAGCCAGACGAAGAGCCAUCAAGGUCAACACCGGAAUCAGAGCAACAAGAGUCGGAGUCGAUACUAACUAAUGAAUCCCAGCAACCAGCAGCACCAUCCGAUGGCAGCGACACUUACCCUGGCGGCCGUCAAGUUAUCAGGGAAGCGUUCACGAGAAAAAAUUUACCAGAAGCAUCAAUAGAAAUUUUAUCUGCAUCUCUGGCAGAAUCGACAAUAAAGCAAUAUAACAGUGCUUUAAAAGACUGGUGGACAUUCUCGAAGAAAAAAGGACAUGAUCCGUUCUGCAUUGAAGCAAAUUCGGUGCUAGAAUUUUUAUCAGAAAAAUUUCGAGACGGCGCAGCAUAUGGGACCCUUAACACAGCAAGAUCAGCUAUUUCUCUAAUAUCAACGCAAGACAUUACUAAUAACCCGAUUAUCUCUCGAUUCUUUAAAGGAAUCUUUAAACUGAGACCCAUAAAACCUAAAUAUGACUCGACUUGGGACACAGAACCGGUGAUAACCAAGGCAGCUGAUUUAUAUCCGUUGGAAAAGCUGACUUUACAACAAUUAACAAAUAAGUUAAUAAUCUUAUUAGCGUUGGGAACUGCUCACAGAGUACAAACUCUGUCGCUCAUCUCAAUAGAUAAUAUUGCUCAGUAUAAAAGCAGCAUACAGAUUAAGAUUCCGGACAUUAUUAAAACCUCAAGACCUGGAGCCUCACAACCUUUGCUAAUCCUUCCUGUUUUCACUGACAAACCGGAACUCUGCGUAGCAAAUACUCUUCUCAGUUAUAUAAAGAGGACAAAGUCACUACGGCGUAGUGAAAAGCGAUUAUUUAUAUCAAUUCGCAACCCGCAUACAGCCGUCUCGUCCCAAACGCUCAGCCGAUGGAUAAAAAUCUUCCUCGUAGACUGUGGAGUGGACGAAAAAUUCACGGCCCAUAGUACACGACAUGCAUCGACAUCUAAGGCGGCGGAAGCAGGAGUAAGCCUAGAUCUUAUACGAAAAACAGCCGGAUGGUCGGAAAAAUCUCUAGUAUUCGCCAAGUUCUAUAAUAGACCAAUUAGCAGUCAAAAUAAUAAUAAUUUUGCCCAAGUUGUAUUGUUAAAAUCUUCCAAAAAGUAA